CUGGGCGCGCGCCCGCCCCGCCCGCACCUGCGCUGGGACCACGCGGGUGCAGGCUCCAGGCUGGGCCCAGCACCCGAGUCCUUAGGCGGUGGGCGCCGGGCGGGCUCGGGGAGGAUGAAGCAGGCCCUGGUGGACGACACGGAGGACGUGUCCCUGGACUUCGGCAACGAAGAGGAGCUGGCCUUCAGGAAAGCCAAGAUCAGGCAUCCCCUGGCCACCUUCUUCCACCUUUUCUUCCGAGUGAGUGCCAUCGUCACCUAUGUGUGCUGUGACUGGUUCAGCAAGAGCUUUGUGGGCUGCUUUGUCACUGUGCUGUUCCUUCUGUCCUUCGACUUCUGGUCUGUGAAGAAUGUAACAGGAAGACUCAUGGUGGGCCUCCGAUGGUGGAACCAGAUCGAUGAAGAUGGCAAAAGCCACUGGAUUUUUGAAGCCAGAAAGGUCUCUCCAAAUCACAUCACCGCCACGGAAGCUGAGGCGCGCAUCUUCUGGCUGGGCCUUAUCAUCUGCCCUAUUAUCUGGAUAGUGUUCUUUUUCAGCACCUUGUUUUCCUUGAAGCUAAAGUGGCUGGCUCUUGUGAUUGCUGGGAUUUCACUCCAGGCUGCGAACCUCUACGGCUACAUCCUUUGUAAGAUGGGAGGCGAGAGCGACAUCAGCAAGGUCACUGCCAAUUUUCUGUCCCAGACUGUGUUCCAGACGGUGAGUUGCUGAGGUCUCACCUGGACAACUACCCUGCAGCCUUGCAAAGUGAAGGAGGCUUUGGGCACAUAACUUGGGUAAUGCUGCCAUCAUUGUUCUGCUUUUAUUGUGGUAAAAUUUACACAAAAUUGACAUUUCAACCAUUAUGUGUACAGUUCUUGGCAUUCAGUACAUUCACAAUGUCAUGCGGCCACCACCCAUCUCCAGGACACUUUAUGCCUUUCCAAGCUGAAACUCCCUCUAUAAACACGAACUUCCCAUCCCUCUUCCCUAGCCACCAUAUCACUCUCUGCCUCUAAGCAGCCCAAUCAGACAGCAUUUGUCCUUUCAUGACACUUUGGUUGCGUGUUUUUCUUUAAAAUCCUAUAGAAUUAAGGAAGGUGAGCAGAUGAGCUCACUUCUAGAAGUGAGAAAAAGAUGAGUUUUGAAAAUCUGACCAGGCUCAUCCUGACAUGGUUUGAAUAAUCUUAAAUUUGAAUGAGGCUGUGUGUGCCAAGAUAACACGCCAGCAGACCUGCAAGUUUCCCAACUAGCCUGCUCACAAGCAGGGCAGAGCCUUGGCUGGCUGUUCUCCAGCCUCCCAGUAGACUUUCAGAAGCCUGCUUUGAGGACAUGAAGAAUCACCAGCAUUAGGUGGGAAAUGGAUUGAGGCUGGUGGCUGGGAGCUCAUAGGAAAUGCAGCCCCUGCCCCACUGUGCCCAAGAUCUAGGUGGCUCCCCAAGUUUCCUGCAUGGCCAAGGACACAGCCAGGCCAAAGCCAGACUGUGCCCAGGCUCUAUGGCCUGGUCACCCGUUAGAGGUCCUAGCUUCUUCAUGUGGAACGCAUGCAAAUCCAACCACAUGUGCAGGCAGCAAGGGGAGGAGAGAAAGGAAGGGAAAGAACAAGGGGAUUUGCCCGCCCUUCCACUUUAGGCCCCAGAGUGGUAUGGAGAACAGGAAUUUAUUCUUCCCUCUGCUGGUCUCAGUUCCUGUUGGUGGCAUAUGACCCUGGAAAUUACUGGAUAUAUUGUAUGCCUAUUACUAAACAGGGAGUACACACAGACCACAGAUCCUAGUGAAGGGGUGACUUACGGGCUUUUCAGGGGAGUUUUGAUGGGUCCCAGCUGCACUGUGUACUGAUCCCAGAAUGGACCCGAGUGAGGCUCUGCUGUGUCCAGACUUUCCCUCCAUCUGAGAACAACAAUGUGGAUGCUGCUGUUUGAAAGCAGGACCGUGUUCCGCAGCAAAGCCCUGUGUCCUGCCCUGUGGUUCCUUCCUGGGCUUCCUUUUCAUUUGAGGUAGAGUGGCAUGAACAGGAGUCCUAUGAUCCUGUGAUCAGGUUGGCUUCUAGGUCCCCAGGCCUUUGGUAUCUGGGAAGAGACCUCGUGGGACAGGUUCGAGGAGCUGUUUUUAUUUUAAAAUGGCAUGUGUGAAGAAGGCCCUGCAGCCAUGUUCUAAAGAAAGUGGACAGAGAGUAGAUGAUUAAAGUGUCUCUGAGAAAGUCACUUCCAAGCAGGCCAGCAUCUGGUCCCUUUAGGCCUGCGACCCCACCCAUCCCCGAGCUACUCAAGUAUGCUUGGAUGGGCUGCUGGCAGGCUCCGUGACUCGGGAACUGCUUGGUCCUCAGCAUGCUUCAGGAACUGAUGAGGUUCUCUUCCUCUGACUGAUUUGGACUACAAAACUCUUGGAUUCCUGGAAAACAAGACGGAGAGCUCAGAGUGCUCACACUUGUCAGCACCCCCAGGACAGCCCUGCCCUAGCUGGGGAGAGCCAUACCCUUGUGGGGUGGCCCCCCCCACACACACACUUGGUGGCCCAAUUCCAUAAAGUUUGUUUCUCUGAUGCCUUGAA